ACCUCACAACAUAAACAUGAUUGGCAGCAUAUUGUACUAUGCGCUCUACCCGCUGUCACGGUACAUGACAAGUCGCCGUCUACACGCAGGGGCCUCCAAGAAGGCUUUCCCUCCUUCUAUGGAUAAUGAUAAGGCAUUGUGUGAUGGUGGGGCCGUCACAACCAGAACCCUGUCCCAAAUUAACAAGCUGGACCAGUGGCUCAGCCAAGGCAGUGGGACGAAAGGGGAAAUGGAAGAAAGGAUGAAAGAACCAAGCCCAGAACAGGAAUACGACACAUUGCAGCUGAUGGUUGUCCUGCAUGAAACUACAAAGAAGGAGGCUGAUUCAAAGAUGAGUGAGGGGGAAUCUGCAGUGAAAGCAGAAGAAGCAGAGACGAGAAAUGGACAGCUACAAGACACAGUGGAAACUCCUGAACAAGGGGACGGGGAAAUAACUGAUCACCAUGAGGUGUUCAAUACGAAGCAAAACACAGAGGAUGGGAGUAUUUCUCCAACUGAGGAUCUUAAUCAAGGGCUAGCUCCUGGCUCACAAUUAGCAUGCCUGCUAACAGAGGACAGCACGCAAGAAAGCCCAAGUCCUGAGUCAGUUACUCGAGCUGAGCCAAGAGUACAAGAAACAACUGGUUCAGUACAAGUACAACGUUUGGAAAAGCCAAUGCCUCCAGCUGAAACUCCGGCUGAAGUUACUGAGUGCUGGGAUGAAUAUUUGGCUUCAGUUGCUGAAGGUGGAGAAAGCAGUUCGGAGCUGAUAUUUUCCUCCCUUCUCUCAAAUACUCAACCCCAACUUAAAGUCAGUGGGCAGCAUGAAACUCAAGCAGGUUGGCACUUCCCGGCAGGACGUGGCUUGGCAGAGGAAUUGCAGUGCCCACUGUGGCAAUUUCCCGCAGCAAGCUACUAUCCUCCAAUAGAUUCAACAGUGGGAUUUGAAGUAACAUGGAGAGUAUGGGAGAAGGUGGAUGAGAGUGCCACUGCAGCAGAGCCCCUUCCAUUCACAAACGCCUCGAUGGACUUCACUGUAAUGUCCUACAACAUCCUUGCUGAUGACCUGCUGCAGGCCAACCAGGAGCUGUACACACACUGCCCUCUGGAGGUGCUCGACUGGAGCUACCGCUGCAGCCUACUCCUGGAGGAAAUCCAGAAAUGGGAACCAGAUAUUCUGUGUCUCCAAGAAGUUCAGGAGAACCAUUACCAUCAACAACUGUAUCCAGCUCUGUCUCAGAUGGGCUACACCUGUGUGUACAAGCGCCGUACAGGGACAAAGAGAGACGGCUGCGCUACAUGCUACCGUAGCAGUUGCUUUUCUGAGGUGUCCGUCGCCACGCUGGAGUUCUUCAGGCCCGAGACUGAGCUGCUGGACCGGCACAAUGUGGGCAUUAUUGUGUUGCUUCGGCCAGUGGUAAUGAAUGGGUCUGUGGUCAAGGCAAAGGGCCCACCGCUCUGCGUGGCCAACACCCACCUGCUGUUCAACCCUAGGAGGGGUGAUGUGAAGCUGGCUCAGCUGGCCAUAAUGCUGGCAGAAAUCGGCAGCGUGAUCAAGUCCUGUAAUGCAAAAGGUGAACACUGUAACCUCAUCUUGUGUGGAGACUUUAACUCCAUCCCUUCAAUGCCUCUGUACCAGCUGAUCACCACCGGAGAGCUCUACUUCCAGGGUCUACCCGCAUGGAUGAUAUCAGGUCAAGAGGACCUGUCCCACAGAGCCUAUGGUCACAGACUGUGCGUCCCCCUGUGGCCCAGCUCUCUGGGAAUCACUGACAGAUGCCAGCAUACUACUGCAUACAAGGAGGAAUCAAAGAGCAGGAGCCAGAAAUCAGGAAAAGGUCAGUACAGCCAUGAUUUUAUGCGCCAGCUGCGCUUCUGUCCGACUGCAUGUAUCCGUCCUCUGGACCUACAGCUGAUCCCAGGAGUGACUGACAUCACUCCAGAUGCUUCAAGCGUAAAUCAGCCUGAUAAAAGUUUCAGCCACACUAUCAGCCACCGGUUAGACCUGGAGUCGGUCUACCAACACGUCCUUCCAGGAUCUGGCAAUCCAGAAGUCACAACCCUGCACUCUGAAGGCGGAUCUACAGUCGACUACAUCUUCUACAGCCGGAGACGCUCGGCAACCUGGGAUCCAAGCGCCGGUGCCUUUGCUAUUAGGGGUCUGAAGCUGAUUGGUUCUCUCUCCCUUCUAUCUGAGGACGUCUUAUGGUCAAUGAAGGGCUUGCCCAAUGACAUAUUUCCCUCCGACCAUCUCAGUCUUCUGGCCAGAUUCCAGCUGGACCUGAAUGCUGUGUAAUAGAAGAAAAUGGGUGAACUUCAGAGUUUGAGUGUAUUUCCCUUCACAAUGGUUCAGAUCUUGCCUUGUACACAUCUGAGUUUUGUUUUUUGUUCAGAUGAACACCAACCCUUGUGGUUCCCUUAUGGCAUCAAAUGAAGUCUUCUUACUGAGAAGAAGAGAAUAUUUUUGUUUAAAAGAGCCAGAAAAUAAAAUGGAGGCCAAAAGUCAGUCUUGUUAUACAAUUAUACAGAAAUAGGAAAAAUCGUAUUAUUUAUGCUGUAAAAAAAAGUGAUUGCUUUAAUAAUAUUGUUAUAAUAAUACACUGACCUGUUCUGUUGCUUUUUCAUUGAUUUUAAAUCUAAUGUUCUAAAAGCUGUUUCUGAUUAUGAGUGAGUGCUAUUUGUUCAG